ACAUUUCGAUGCUCAAUUGUCAUCUGAGGUGGAAGGCGUACAACUGUCAUGUGAAGUUUCUGCGAGUUGUGGAGGUUGCUUUUUCGUAAAUUGUGUGUGUAGUUCACGUACCGUAGUAUUAGGAGAGCGUUUCUGUGGUGAAGAUCAUUCCCUUCUGUACCGUUUUCGUCUGACUGAUAAACAUGAUGGAAGGGUUGGAAGAUAACGCAGAUUUAAUUAACGACGAUAAUAGGAAGGACGGUUUAGACGAUAGAGACAUUUUAAGUGGUGAUAAUAGAAAGCCUGGAAGAUCGGAGACAGUGGAUUUAACGGAUCAUUCAUUACUUGUUGAUAUAUCUGAUGCUUUGAGUGAAAAAGAUAAAGUUAAAUUCACAGUUCACACUAAGACAACUCUACCAGAAUUUCGUAAAUCAGAGUUCUAUGUUGUUAGACAGCAUGAAGAAUUUAUAUGGUUACAUGACAGAUUUGAAGAAAAUGAAGAUUAUGCAGGCUACAUUAUUCCUCCAGCUCCACCUCGACCAGAUUUUGAUGCAUCCAGAGAAAAGUUACAGAAACUUGGUGAAGGAGAGGGUACUAUGACGAAAGAAGAGUUCACAAAAAUGAAACAAGAGUUGGAGGCAGAAUAUCUGGCAACUUUCAAGAAGACUGUAGCAAUGCACGAAGUAUUUUUGUGUAGACUCGCCAAUCAUCCAGUCUUUCGUAAUGACCACAAUUUCCGCGUGUUUCUGGAAUAUGAUCAAGAUUUGUGUGUAAGAGGGAAGAACAAAAUGGAAGUGCUUGGUGGAUUUAUGAAAUCUUUUUCAAAGACAACAGAUGAGUUGUUACUUACUGCAACUGGGGUAAAGGACGCAAGUGAAUUCUUUGAGCAAGAGAAAAACUUUCUGAUAGAUUACUACACCCAUCUAAAAGAUGCCACAGCAAAAGCUGAUAGGAUGACAAAACGUCACAAAGAUGUUGCUGAUAGUUACAUAAAAAUAUCAACUGGAUUUGUGCAGCUUUCAACAAUUGAUAAUACUGAUUUGGAAAAGUUUUUGACAAAAGUGGCAGAGACUUUUGAGAAAGCAAGGAAAAUAGAAGGAAGAGUUGCUUCUGAUGAGGAUCUGAAACUAUCUGAUACCUUAAGGUAUUAUAUGAGAGACACGUUUGCUGCCAAACAGCUUUUAUAUAGACGUUUACGUUGUUUAACGGAUUAUGAGAAUGCCAACCGAAACCUGGAGAAAGCUCGGACAAAGAACAAGGAUAUUCAUGCGGCUCUGGAAGUAGCAGAUGCAGAACUGGUGCAACAGCGUGCAUGUGAAAAAUUUGAGCAGAUGUCUGAGAAGGCUAAAGAAGAACUACUAGAUUUUAAAACGAGAAGAGUUGUUGCAUUCCGGAAGAAUCUAAUGGAACUGGCAGAGCUCGAAUUGAAACAUGCCAAGGCCCAGGUUCAGCUUUUCAAGAACUGUUUAGCAGCAUUGAAGGAAGAGUGACCAAGGGCAGAUUUCAUUCCUGUUUCGUCAGAGGAAAUAUCUUCUUUUGUUCUUUAGUGGGGAAAUUGAAUACAUGAGCUUAAUGGUGCAAAGAAUGUGAAAUAUUUUCCGAAUUUGGUUGUUGUGAAAAGGUUAUUCAGAGAAAGCAUUAUGAUGUAAAGCAAUACCAGUGCUUUACAUGUACUAAACCUUAUGACUGUCUUUGGAAGAAGGUAUUAGCAAAGUGUUGGUAUUGUAUGUAUAUAAAUGGACUGGUAGCUCAGCUUUCUGUUUUUCAAUGACAGGUUAUUACUUCAAACUUUGAUGGAAGAGGUCACUUUGGGCUUUCAGUGUUCAUGAAAGUAAGUGUUUAGUUUGAAUGUCAAAUGUGUAUAGCUUGAUUAAGAAACUGCAUGAUCUUCUGUUUAUCUGACAUGUCAAAGAUAACUGUGUUCGUAACAGCUGUAAUUUGGUAGUAUUAGCUGGUAUGCAAGAGUGAAUGUUUCGCCUCCUUUCAUAUACGCAGCUUGUGAGGGUGAUAAAAUGUGAAUGGGUGACAGGAAAUAUGUCUGUACAAGAGUAUUUUGUUCAUUUGUUCGUGUGAAAAGCAGGAAUUAUUGUUCACAGCAGAGCCAGCUAUAUAAUGGAACCUACACUUCAGAUUUUUCUUCCUCGUUCACUUUCAUAGCUGUGUUACUCAUAUUACUGUUAUGAGUAUGAAAAAGGCAUUUUAUGCAAGUGCAUGGAGUUAAUUUCUGUUGUAGUAAACUAUAAAAAAAGAUGACAACUGAAUGUAUUCUAUGCUGAAGCUACAGUGCUUUCAUUGUGACACGUUAACUCAAAUCCUGUUAUAAUGACUGAUUUAUGAAUUGGUAGAAAAUUUUUGUGUGUAGUUUCUGGAAUUCUUUUGCUCAAUGAUACAUUCUUAAAAUGAUCAGUACAAUUUAUUAAUUCCCAGGUUUUAGGCAGAUUAUAUAUUAUGGUAAAAAUAUACAGUAAACAUCUAAAUUUGGGCUAAAUGAGAAGUUAAUUGUAGAAAUCGGCAUAAUAUUUUGCAUGCAGAUGGACAGUGCUACUAAGGAAAAAGAUUAAGAGAUGCUGUUCCAUUGUGGAGAAAAUUGCACAUUAAAUUCUGUGGUUGCCUCCCAUGUUCACAUACUAAGUAUGUAUUAAUGUGGUAAUUAAUUUUUUAUUGUUUUGAUAUAUCAGAUAUACAAGUUGAAUGGAUAAUUUCAAGAAAAUAUUGUCUCAGAUUGAACAAGUUAUUUUGCAUAUAAUAUAUAUAAUAAAAUGUAUAUUUAAUGUGUCCUGUGUAGGAAAAGAUCUCAGUUGUACUGGUUUUGUAUUUCACAGAAUACGUAUUUCCAUUUAGUGUAGAGCAGGCUAGAAAUAGUGUGGUCUUCUGUUUUUCAGAGUGAAAGAAAUUUGAUAUCAUGUUUCCUUGUAAAAGUACUCUGACAACAUAUUGACAAUUUAACUGCAUGAAAGUAUAUUACGUGUAAAUUGUUAAAUAUUUUAUGUAUGCAACCUAUCCAAGUAUACUUUCCAGAAAUGUAUAUAUUGUUCACAGUGUGUCUUUACAUUAUAAGAGAAGAUAUGUAUUACAUGUAGUAUGGCAUUUUGCAUUUUAUUGGAAAAAAUCUCAUCCACUUGUGAAGGCUGUUGAUUCUGUUCAUAAUAUGUAUAAAGUAAUACGGUCACAGAGUAAUUAUUCUAAUGUUGUGCAUUUAUGUUAAAGUUUUCAUAAUAAUGUCCUGAAAGAUUAUCAAGAUCAUUGUCAGUAUAAUUGUGAAGCUUUCCAUUGUUUAGCUGUUAGUAUUGCCUUGAUACUGUACUGAAGUUGAGAGCAUAUAUUGUUUUGUACCAUGAAAUAUAGUCUUUUGUUACUUCAUUCUUCUCAUAAAUGAUUGUAAAUAUAUUUUCAAUACAAAUACAUGUCAAAUAA